AUGUGUGCUUUCAAAUCUACUAUUCUGUAUCCGCAAAUUAUUGGUUUUCUUCUUGCAAAGUACAUUAACAAGCUGUUCAAGCCAAAGGUGCUUUCUGCAAAAGCAUAUUCUAUGCCAAACAUAGCAAGUUCCUGUUAUGGACAGAAUUCAAGUUUGUACGAGCUCAACGAAGUACUCAGAGAGGGAUUUAACGAAGUUCUGAAGGAAAUGUGCUCAAAAACGAGACUGGAGUAUAAUUGCUAUUUGGCGCAAACUGUGGAAUUUUUGAGUCCAAGAAACGAUCAUGGUUUCCUUGUAUUCGAAUACUCAAUUUACGGUAAUCCCUUAGCAAAUUUCCUCGGAAUGAUAGGGGAUGACUUGUACGAGCACUUUAAACAGUCUUGGUGGAGGAAGCUCCUUGGCUUAGAAAACAAAAAACAUUACCUUUUUGGGUGCGCUAGUUCGAUGAAAGAUCAGCUUUGGAAGAUCAAAUGUGCAUUUCAAAGGAGGGAUUCAUCGGUCCUCCAGUGA